ACAGACGGCGCUGCCUCGCCGCCGGCCCGCUGAGGAGCGUGGAACCGGCCCGGCCCCGCAGCGGAGCGGAGCGCCCCGGCGUGCCAUGGGGCUGUGGUGAGCGCCCGGCACCGCCACCCGCCCGAUCCUCCGUGCCCCCCUGCCCCGCGGCCAUGGCCCCCAUGGGGAUCCGUCUCUCGCCGCUCGGCAUGGCCGUGUUCUGCCUGCUGGGGCUGGGCGUCCUCUACCAUCUCUACUCCGGUUUCCUGGCCGGCCGCUUCGCCUUCUUCAUGCUGAGCGAGCCGGCGGCCGGUGGGCCCGAAACCCCCCGCGGAUCCGUGCCCGGCGGCGCCGUGGACCUGCGGGAGCUGCUGGCCGUGUCCGUCCUGGCCGCCGUCAGGGGCGGCGAGGAGGUGAAGCGCGUCCGCGAAGGCAACGUCCUCAACGCCAAGGCGAAAGGGAAGACGAGGGAAGGGGCCGAGGAACAGCUGACGAGCGGCGAUCUCCUCUCCAACCGCAGGAUGUUCUACCUGCUGAAAAGCGCCUUCCCCGCCGUGCAGAUUAACUCGGAGGAGCGCGUCGACACGGCCGAGCAGGAGACAGUCUCUUGGGACCGCGCUAUUCCUGAGGAGAUCAAGCAAAAAAUACAGCCUAAAGAGGUCCCAGCAGAGAGUGUUACCGUCUGGAUCGAUCCCUUAGAUGCUACACAAGAGUACACAGAGGAUCUCCGACAGUACGUCACGACGAUGGUCUGCGUGGCUGUGAAUGGUAAACCAGUAAUAGGAGUGAUACACAAACCUUUCUCAGCAUACACAGCCUGGGCGAUGGUGGAGGGCGGCUCAAACGUCAAGCCUCGUUCCUCCUACAAUGAGAAGACUCCAAGGAUUAUUGUGUCCCGCUCCCACGCAGGAAAAGUUGAGCAGGUUGCACGGCAGACAUUUGGGAACAAGACUGUGAUAAUCCCAGCUGGAGGAGCAGGUUAUAAGGUGCUGGCCCUCCUGGAUGUGGCUGAAAAGAAUCAGGAAGAAGCUGAUGUGUACAUCCAUGUCACCUACAUUAAGAAGUGGGACAUAUGUGCUGGAAAUGCGGUGUUGAGAGCGUUGGGUGGCCAUAUGACCACCCUGACUGGUGAAGAAAUCAGUUACACUGGCUCAGAUGGCAAUGAGGGAGGACUUAUAGCCAGUAUCAACAUGAACCAUAAAGCACUAAUUGAAAAACUUCCAGAUCUGGAAAAAACAUCACACAAAUAGACUUGACUGAUGGAGAAGUGCAAAGUCAUGCUUUGGCAGCCUCCAAGCGCUCUGUGUGAAGAAGCAGGUGUGAAAACCUGCUGGGAGAGAUGCACAGCAAAGCAGUUUGGUGUUGGUUUGGGGACUAUAUCUCGUGCAUUGGGUUUCUUCAGUGGUGGUAUUUAAAACAAGAAUAAAAUAAUAAUAAUAAUAAUAAUCAGAAGUAGGAAGGGGACUGAGUGCCUCUGGCCUCACUUUCCAUGGUUUGGGUUUUUUCCAGCCUGUUCUCAUGCAGUUCUUACACUCAAGGUGCAUAUCCAGUGUGUGUUUGUGAACGUAGGGGAACUAAAGAAAACUCCAAGCUGAUGCAGACAAUGCCAGAAGUAGUUCCCACAGGAACUUCUUGGAACCUUUUACAUCUUGUUACUGUAGUUGUAGCAACUCCAUAAUGAAUUAGGUAGGGGAAGGGGGUGGGGGAGGGGAGGAAACAAACCAACCCACAACAAAAAGGUUGAUUUGUGUAGGCAUCUGAUAACUCUGUAAACAAUUCAGCAGGAAACAUGACCCUGUGUUCUGUAUCCCCUGAGCAGAAAGCACAAGAAGGCUGACACAAAUUUAUAUGCAGCAAGAGUUUAUCUUUGGCAGUGUGGCACUCCUGCUUUUCAAGAGAAGCAAAAAAAAAAGAAAGAAGAAUUCUGUGCUGUUUGCCUUUGGUUUGGUUUGAUUUGGUUUGGUUUGGUUUUGGGUUU